CAUAGAACAGUCUGGUUAACCAGUUUGCACGUGGCUGUCGAAACCAAAAUUACCUAGAGCAGUUAAAAAAAAUAAGCACAAUGUCGAUUAUAGACCAGGGCUACGACAUGAGCAUCUCGCGGCUGAUGUUCUACCCGCUGCUGCUGGCAGCCACUGGGUUAUGGCUGCUGUACAGGUGGCAGCAGCAGUCUAGACUGUUCAAGAUGGGCAACCUGCUGCCCGGCCCAACCGCUGUACCACUUUUCGGCAACGCUCUACUUGCAGUCGGAAAAAAACCAGACCAGCUCGUGACAUUAGGCCUACUUUACGCUGAAAAGUACGGGUCGGUCAUCCGGGGUUGGUUGGGCUCUAAGCUGAUCAUCUUCCUGAGUGAGCCUGAUGAUGUGGAGGUUAUUCUCAACAGUCAGGUCCACAUCGACAAAUCCACGGAGUAUAGAUUCUUCAAACCGUGGCUAGGAGAGGGAUUGCUCAUCAGCUCUGGUGAAAAAUGGCGUUCCCACCGCAAAAUGAUCGCUCCCACAUUCCAUAUAAAUAUUUUGAAGUCCUUUAUGGACAUAUUUAACCAGAACAGCAGAAAUGUUGUUAAUAAGAUGAAAAAGGAGGCUGGCAAAGUAUUCGAUGUCCACGACUACAUGAGUGGAGUCACAGUCGAUAUACUCUUGGAAACUGCUAUGGGCAUCACUAAAGAGACUCAGGAUGAAUCUGGUUUUGACUAUGCUAUGGCGGUUAUGAAAAUGUGCGACAUUAUCCACCAGAGGCAUUACAAGAUAUGGCUACGUCUUGACUCCAUAUUCAAGUUUACCAAAUUUUACAAGCAGCAGAAGAAACUGCUAUCAAUAAUCCACGGUCUUACUAACAAGGUUAUUAAACUGAAGAAAGAGAAAUACGUCAGCAAUAAGGGCAGGGUCGAAACUGAGGAGGUCAAGAGGUCAUCGGCCAAUGAACCCGUGCUGGCCAAUGAGAAGACCCUGGCUGAUACUGUGUUUAAGGGAUAUCGCGAUGACUUGGACUUCAAUGAUGAGAAUGAUGUUGGUGAGAAGAAGCGGCUGGCCUUCCUCGACCUGAUGAUAGAGUCAGCACUGAACGGCACCAACAAGAUCUCCGACCACGAGAUCAAGGAGGAAGUGGACACCAUAAUGUUCGAGGGUCACGACACAACGGCCGCCGGAUCCAGCUUCACGCUGUGUCUGCUGGGCAUCCACCAGCACAUCCAGGACCGAGUGUACAACGAGCUGUACGACAUCUUCGGGGACUCCGACCGCCCCGUCACCUUCGAGGACACCCUGCAGAUGAAAUACCUGGAGCGAGUGCUGUUCGAGGCUCUCCGCAUGUACCCGCCCGUGCCCAUCAUAGCCAGGAAACUGAAUACAGACGUCAAAAUCCCAACCAAGGGCUACGUGCUGCCGGCCGGCGCGACGGUCGUCAUUGGAACCCUGGUCAUCCACAGGAACCCCAAGUACUACAAGAACCCACACGUGUUCGACCCAGACAACUUCCUCCCUGAGAACACCUCCAACAGGCACUACUACAGCUACAUCCCCUUCAGCGCUGGCCCUCGAAGCUGCGUCGGUCGUAAAUAUGCCCUUCUGAAACUCAAGGUUCUUCUAGCUACUGUGCUCAGGAACUACAAGAUAGUGUCGAACGUUACGGAAAAAGAAUACGUCCUUCAAGCUGACAUCAUACUGAAGAGGACGGAUGGCUUCAGGCUGCAGUUGGAGCCAAGAAAGAGAGCGCCAAUUCCCGUCGCUUAAAACGACCGUUAGAGUCGAAGAAAAUACGCCAAAAGACGUUAUUAUUACACAGACGUUAUUUCACGUUCAAGCCUAGAUUUUCAACCUUUAUGAAACGUCGUAAGUUCAGGGCUGUAAAUAUAUUUUGAAGCCCCUUUUAUAUGUUAGGUUGUAAGGUUAAACAUAAUAUUUUCAACUAUCCCUUACUUACUUUACGUCUCUACGUACGUAGUUAAGAGGGCGACUAACCCAAGAAAUCAAACAUCGUCCUUCUCUCUUCAC